AUGACCAAAGCCGACUCCGCUAGGAUCCAGUCCACUCAGGCAAAAGCCGGGAAGGACGUAGGCAACAAGUCGUUCCCCUCGCGCGCCCAGGCUACCGCCGAUCGUCGUACCGGCGCUGGUGCGGGUGCUGGUGCAGGGGCUGGCGCACCUGUUGGUGGCAACAAGAGUCCGCAGAGGAAGUGA